AACCGCCCUCCCACGCCAGUUGGAGCCUUCUUUUGGAAAGAGCACCAUUUCAUUUCCUUACGUUUACUUUCUAAUUUGAGGCUGUUAGCGCUAUCGAGUCGUGUUUGCAUCAAAUAUCGCCCGUGUUAUUGGUAGAGGUUCAAACUACAAUUCUGACAAGAACUGCGAAUAUUCUAGCCUUCAUCAGGGGUAAAUUAGGCCCUUAAACUGAUACAUUUAUUACGAUGUCGUCAUUUUGCCUUUAGAUUCGAAGUAUUUUCUCCAGUACCACAGACGUGGAAAGAUGAAGAACUAUGCAUUGAAAAGAAGCAUUUAAUAAUUUUGAUACAAUGCCCCCAAUUCGCAAGUCUGACAUUGUGAAGACCCGGCUAAGUCAAGGACCUUAUUUAAGCCGGUCUGUCAAUGGUCCUUCUUUAGAAACAGAAUUAGGAAAUGAAAAAGAGAACUUGAGUAGCAGCUGCUUUGGAGCAAUCAGGACUGUGAAGGAUGCAGAUAAUGACUUGACAAGUCUAAAUUGGCUAAGCCGUAAUGAUGUGUUGCGAGGGUUUGAUGUUGGAUCAUCUGUCCCUCCUAUGUCACCUCAAAGAGAAAAUGGGAGUGAAUUCCCCAAUGAACUUGAUUCAGGUGCUGCACAUAAUGGCUCCACAAAUGGUGAUAACUUUUCUAACAAGCAGAAGAGUCCUUCCAAGCCUCCAUAUUCCUUUUCUUCAUUAAUUUUCAUGGCAAUCGAAGAGUCCCCAAACAAGAGAUUGCCAGUUAAGGAUAUCUAUAACUGGAUAAUGGAUAGAUUUCCAUACUUCAGAGAUGCACGACUUGGAUGGAAGAACUCUGUGCGACAUAAUUUGUCCCUCAACAAGUGUUUUAAGAAAGUAGACAAAUUCAAAGGUGGUGUACAAAAUGUCGGUAAGGGUUCAUUAUGGACUGUUGAUCCUGACUACAGGCCAAACCUUCUCCAAGCUCUGAGAAAAACACCUUCAUACAAUUCUUUCCACCAUCUGAUCUCUACUCCUCCACCUUCACCUCAAAAUGAAUCUUAUGCUCUGAAAGGCAUCAAUGGCAAUAGCAAGUAUGAUGCCAAUUCAAGUGAUGUUGAUCCCGAUGCAGAAGCAGAAGCAGUUGCUACUAUGUGUCUAAUUGCAACCCCUCCUGAAAUAAGAGCAGCUGAAAUUGUAAGAUGCCAGUCAUGUCCGCCCUCGGCAUCUGAAGAAGACUCUCUGGUAAAAAGAGCUAAAGCAUAUUUCUAUAAACACAGAGGUUCAUUUUCUGGUAUACCAACCAUGGUAAAGGACUUUCACUAUAAAAGAAGAUAUGGUCUGUCAUCAUCAAUGGGGAGGCUAAUAGAGGCAUCCAAACUCAAAGGCUGCAAUAUUUCUCCCGACUCAUCCCUCGAUGGUGAAUUUGAAUUUGAUCACAACUCAGAAUCAGAUGAAAAUGAGGACAGUGAUAUUGAAGAGAAUAUGAAAAAAGUUAUCAAGCAAGAUGAACUUAGUGAUAGUGGUUGUGGUCAGGGAUUUGAAGAUGAAUUUGAUGGCAAGAACAUUACAAAGAAUAAUCCAAACCGAAGAAAAAACAAAAAAAGCAAAGAAGAGAAGCUUAGUGACUAUGCUGGUGCUGAUGCAUUAUUGAGCCUUGCUAACUCAGCUUGUAGCAUAGUAAGCUCAAAAGAAGGAUCAAAAUCUUCUAGUCCAGUUGUUACACAGUCCCCAUCUUGUGUCAGGGCUUCAAGUUAGCAGUUUCUGGCAAUUAACGAGGUCACUUCUCAAGGCUAAAGUUUAGGUAUGGAAAUUGCCAGAAUAACAACAUUAUCUCAUAGACUUCUAUGAUACUGAGCAGAGCUCUUUGCCGAGAAGUGCAGUAAUUCAAGUUUAUUCUCUUUGAAGUAAUAUCAAGAAUUAUUUAUAUGUUAUUUUCUAUCUCAAAGGUUCAAUUCCAAAAAUGAGGUAACCACGUAAGCAAAAUAUACUGAAAACUAUUGCAUCAGCAGUCCAAAAGAUGCCCAAAAAAUUUAAAAAGAAAUUUUUGAUGAUUAAAAUUUCGGUUACAGUCCUCUUUAUUUUUCUUUUAAAAAUCAUAUUAUAAAAACUGAAAACAUUUAAUGUUUUAUAAUUAAAAGAAAAAUGUAGCAAAAAAAUAGAAAUUCAGAUAUACAAGCAAAUCUUUAUAAGAGAUUUGAUGGAAAUACUGUUUAGAAGAAAAUUCACUUUUCAAUAUAUACAAUUUAUUAUUGCAAAAAGCAAUAAGUUGAAGUUAAAAAUCAUGACCUUGGGCCACUGGUUAUAUACAUUAAGUUACGGUCCUAUGGUAGGUCUGUUUAUAGAGAAUAUAUUGUUAAAGUUCACAAUAGAUUAUAAAAGAAAUGCAAGGUUAUUCAAAAGAGUAAAUAUUUAAUCCUCAAAUAAGAUCAUGUAAGAUUAAUUUUUUAAAAGAUUAAGCUCUUUUUAUUAGAAUCAAAAGCACAAUGACAAAAAUAUUAUUCCAAAGGCAAACUUCAUUGGAGUUGCAAGCUUUAAAAAGACAGUGAGAAAUAAGCGAAGCGGAGUAGUCGUCGUAUUUUGCUGCUAAAACUCUAGUUAAAAUUCAAUUUUGUUCCUAUUACAUAAGUGGGGAUACUUACAGUUUCCUUGCGAAUCCGUUGGUAUGUAAAGGCCAUUAAAGUUGUUUCAUUUAGCAGGAAAAAUAAGGAGAGUUUGUAUAACUUGAAUGAAAAGAAUAAAUCCUUCUUUCAUGUGAACCGAGGGCAUGCCUGUCCGAUAGAUCCAGUGGCGGGAAAAUGGUGACCACCGCUGACCUCACAUAACACUCUGAAUUUUACCAUUAAAAGUACAUGUAUAAGAACAUGUAUAAUAACAUUCUUAAUCGUCUCUAAGCUAGACAAGUUUUUACUGAAGGCUUGCAACCUAAAAGUUUGCAUUAAAAACAAAUUAGUAUCAUUUUUCCUGAAACAAAAAGACCUAGCAAUUUCCUAGUUUAUAAUUUUCAUUCUUAAUUUCAAAAAUUAUUUCAAAGUUUCAAAAUCAUUUAUAUUUUCCCUAAUGGGUUUAGGAGAUCACUUAUGUAGUAGGCAACACCCAGAGCCUCUUACGAGAAGGCCAGGGAUGACAAUUUAAAGCGCACUUGACAGGCACUUUUGCUAGUAGGAAAAAUGGUGCCAACAAAUCAAAGCCAAAUAAGUCGAUUACCUUUUCAGGAAAUACAUUUUUGAUAUUUUGCUUGCGUGAAGAGCAAGUUCCAUUGACAAUGACCGCUGAAGUCUGUAAAUAAUUCAAUAUUAAGGAAACUAUUUAAAAGAACAAUUGAACUGUCUCGCUGUAAUUAUAUUUCUUUGGUAAAAAUCAGUAAAGAAUGCGAUCAAUCUACAUAUAAAUACAAUCAUGAUUGUGCGUUAAGCGGUGGCCGUUCAUAAUUUAUUUAGAAUUCGUAGAAGAGAGGGUGGAGACAUGGUUUUUCCGGCAUCACCGCGUAGCGGAGCAUUUGGCAUUUUAGACUACGCGUCAAAACAGGGCCACUAUACAAUGCAUCGCACGCACACGAAAUACAUUUGUGUUGUUUUGGUCAAGAAACAUAGGUCAACGUAAAAAGGAAAUUAUGAACGGCCUCUGAACAUGAAUCUUCUUAAUCGAUUUUGUCUUGUUAAAGUUCUCUUUCGAAAUACAUAUAAAAGGAAGAUUACUUUCAGCUUGUAAUCCAAUGGAAUCAUCCAUGUAUGUCAUUAGGUUUCAAACACCAACUAAAAAGCUCAGUUUUUAACCAGCUCAUCCGCUUUCAAGAAGACCUUUCAGUAGCUUUGUCGUUCUCCCAGUUUAUUUAACUUGAAUAUAAGAUUUUGAUACCAAUGAUUUAGAAUUUAUAUAUACCAGAUAAAUCGAUAAGAUAAAUUAAUAAGCACAGAUAAGUAAUCUUCUGACGGCCAAGAGGCAAAAGAACGAACAAAUCACGUGAUCAUAUUCCGCCAUAUUGGAUGGUGUACACUUGGGGUCCACUAAAUUUCCAUUCCUAACAUAUGUUUUAGCAAUCAGCUCUUAUCUUAAAUACAAGAUAUUGAUAGCGUCGAUCUAAUAUAGCUAUCACAAUGUUUCUGCGACCUCCAGGCAGCUUUACGAAGAAAAUUCCGGAUGCAACGCAGGCUAGGGCAGCUUCUAACGUCGGGAUUUUGACUUCCAUUCGAUCAAAACAUUCAAUAAACACAGUUGGAGCUUUGUAAGCAGCCCAAACAUUUUAACCCGCUGCAUCUGGGCCGCAGAAACAUAGCGCUAUCAGUUACUUCGACUGAAAUUCACGUAUGCCAUCCAAACAUGUCUGGUGGAAAAUGAACUCUUGUUGGACCAAUUAUUUAGUAUAGAUAAGCAGUCUAGGUUCAUGCAUAUCUGUGCUUAUUGUUUUAUUUACGGCCAUACAGCCUGAAUAAAAGAAAGAAAUCUUCGAGAUAGUCAAAUGUCUUUUUAACUAGAUAGUAUCAGUUGAAAAUUUAUUUUUGCAGUCUAUUUUGGUAAAGUUCAAAUUAAAUACCUUACCAAGUGAGCUUUAUUCAUACACCGAAGAAAUAGAAAAAAAUGGGAAUUUUUUCAUUCAUAUUUUGUAAAAGAGAUAUGGCCAAAAACCUAGAUGAUAAGUGAUUAUGUAAUGACUAGAUAAAACAUUGUUACCUUAUUCAUUAGAUUACUAAAUCGAUGUAAAUAAAAAAGGUCAAGCUAAAA